GCUGCUAAAAUUGCUCACAAAAGUGCAAAUAAUUUGCUUUUAGUUUUAUUUACAAAUCUUUGAGUCUGCUGUGCUUGGGAUCCGCCAUGUCAGGAUUGGUGAAAAGUGACACGGAGGACUUUAUUGAUUGGUGGCAACACACUGUCUUCUACCAGAUCUACCCGAUCUUCAAGGACAGCGAUGGUGAUGGCAUUGGGGACUUGAAGGGCAUUACCUCAAAGCUGCCUUAUCUGGCGGAAACGGGCAUCACGGCCACCUGGCUCAGUCCCAUCUUCCAGUCGCCCAUGGUGGAUUUUGGUUACGAUAUAUCGGACUACAAGCAGAUUCAGCCGGAAUAUGGCACCAUGCAGGACUUUGAGGAACUCAUAGACACUGCCUAUGGUUUAGGGAUCAAAAUCGUUUUGGAUUUUGUCCCCAAUCACAGCUCGGAUCAGCACGAAUGGUUCAAGAAAUCGGCAGUCAAAGAGCCCGGAUUCGAGGACUUCUAUGUGUGGCAAGAUGGCAUCCCUCAGGAUAAUGGCACCCGGCUGCCUCCGAACAACUGGCAGUCCGUCUUCUACGGUUCAGCCUGGGAAUGGCACGAAGGACGACAGCAAUUCUAUUUGCAUCAGUUUACCAAAGAGCAACCGGACUUAAAUUUCCGCAAUCCCAAAGUGGUCAAGGCCAUGGACGAUGUGAUCCUCUUUUGGCUCAACAAAGGCGUGGCUGGCUUCCGCAUUGAUGCAGUUAAUCAUCUAUUCGAGGAUGAGGCUCUGAAGGAUGAACCAUUGAGUGGAAAGACCCAGGAUCCGCUGUCCUAUGACUACAGCAAACAUAUCUACACCAAGGAUCUGCCAGAGGUUCUGGAAAUGAUUCAACACUGGCGGCAACUGCUGGACGAUUUCAGUUCCAAGAAUCCUGACCGACCCACACGCAUCAUGAUGACGGAGGCGUAUGCAGGACUCACCCAACUGGCAGACUACUACGAGGACCACAAUGGGGUAAGGGGCUCGCAUCUGCCCUUCAACUUCCACUUCAUUACGGACGUGAAAGGCGACGCGGAUGCGCGUGACUUUGUCUACAACGUGGAGAAGUGGCUGAUCUACAUGCCGCGCGGGCAUGCGGCCAACUGGGUCAUGGGCAACCACGACAACCCCCGAGUGGCCUCCAGAUUCGGUGCAUCCAGUGUGGAUGCCAUGAACAUGCUGCUGCUCACCCUGCCCGGCGUGGCAGUCACAUAUAACGGCGAGGAGCUGGGCAUGGAGGACUAUCGCGACAUCAGCUGGCAGGAUACGGUGGACCCGCCGGCCAGAAAUGUGGGAGAGAAGCUUUACAAGGAGGUCUCCCGGGAUCCAGAGCGAACACCAUUCCAGUGGAGUAAUGAGGCGAAUGCGGGCUUCUCGACUGCCCCCAAGACCUGGCUACCCGUCCCCAAUUAUUUGGAACUGAACUUGGAGGCACAGAAGGCGGCCAAUAAAAGCCAUUACAGUGUCUACAAGGACCUCAUAGAACUGAGAAAAUCGGCCAUAAUGCGGCAGGGACGUUUCAACAUUGAACCCAUUUCACGUUGGGUGUUUGCCUUCAAGCGCUCCUAUCCCAACUUUGAAACGAUAAUUACCAUCAUAAAUGUGAGUGACAAGGAACAGUUGGUGAAUCUCUCAGAGUUUAUUAAUCGUCCCAAGAAAUUGGUUGUUGAAGUUUCCGGAGUGGAUUCCAAAUAUGAAAUGGGCGACAGGAUUCUGGUCGAGGAGGCCUCUGAACUUAAUCUGCCCCCCGGAGGUGGAAUUGUGUUAAGUGAGCGCAGUUUGGCGGUAAUGAGCCAACAGCGACGCAACCUGGUUAAGCAAAUCAUACAGUCGGCCAAUGUGGUGCUGGUGGGUCUGCUGGUCUAUAACUUGUGGCGUCACAAAUGGACCAAAGUGAAUUUCAAUCAGCAUCAGCAGUUUUGAUUGAUUUUCCCCCUCUUCUCUAUGUGUGUGGA